CAGCAUUUAGGCUUUGAGUUUAAGCAGAGACUUUUCCCUUUUUCUAAAAUUUAUGAUCUAUUUGCAAGCAUUUUCACAAGUCAAAGCCAAAGCCUUCUCUUAAAAUUAAUGAUUGAAAAACCAAGGUAUAUUAAGUUAACAUUUUCUUUCAAUUAUUAAAUUUCAUUGUGGCAACUUCACCUUCACCUAACUUCUUCGCGCCAAGUGGCACAGAAGGCCUCAUCCCUGAAACAUUUUUGUAUAUUCAUCUCUCAUCUCGUACCUAUCCUGUGUAUCCGUGUAUGUAAGCUAUGUUCGCGCUAAAAAUCUAAAGGUGGGAGGAUAACCAUAACUCCACUGACUCACCUCUACAAGUUAACAUUUCUCUCAGUUCCUCUCAUAUUAAAUAAGUCGUGCUGAUUAGACAUGCUCGAAAUGUAAAGGGUAUUUUUGACAGAAUAAUUGAAGACAAGUACGCAUGCGUUAAGGGUGUCUGGCUCGAUAUUUCGAUACGCCCACGAAAUCAAUUGACCGUGAAGAUCUGGGAGAAAGCCGUUUACCAACAGGCUACUGGAAAGCGCUUUUAGUUAUUCACCAUACGGGAUAGCUGCAUACCCACAAAUAUGUCGUAGAAAGAACAUGCCAUCCUACCACUAACAAACAACUUGUGGUUGAAAGCCGGUUAAGACAACAGGACAACAGGCAAAAGAAUGGAGUCUUUUAUUAAGAUUAAAGAAUCAUAUUACGACAUUCAUAACAUUAACCAGGACUCCAUUCACGAACGAUGACACAUUGAUCUCUAUAGUUUGAAAGGUUAUGGAGUCGCAUUACAACACUAACCAGGACCCCAAUAACUAGCGAUGAUAAGUUGAUCCCCUACUGUUUGACAUGCUUUCACACAUUCCCAACAGACCCGGGGAAAUAACGGUGCGGGAGAUGAUACUUGCAGUAAAAGCCAUAUCCUUCCUCUCAUGACCUUAAAUAUUUACAGAUAUAAUGAACGAUUGAACAAAUAGGCUUAUUCAUUACAGGGAUUUUUUUUACAGAUUUGGGUCCACUCAGAAGACCUUCGUGCAAUUGCUUGGUCUUGUGCUAAUCGCCAUUGUAGGGGGCACAAAUGUAGACAUAGCUGAGGUUUCCAAGAUGUAUAUGUCAGAUCUCCCAAGCCCACAACCUCUCGACAUUGAAUAUGAUCGUUGGAAGAGAAAAUGGCAAAUCCGAGACGGACAAACCAGACGCGCUUCAACCUGUCUUGCAGGUUUGAAGUAACUCAAUAUGUUUUUGUUCAAAUUUCCCUUAGCUUAACAAAUGAAGACUUUAUUGAUUACACUUUCUGUCUAUCAACAGGCUUGUAAUUCCGACAUCUUUCCGAAUAUCCACCUGUUGUUGCGAAUUUUAUGUACAAUUCCAGUAACAUCAGCUAAUAACGAGCGCUCAAACGGCACUUUAAAACUAGUCCAGGGCUACCUACGGACCGCGAUGACAAUCGAGAGACUCUCUGGGCCGGUUCUAAUGAGUAUUCAUUGUGAAAAGCCAGUCGAUUACAAUGCCGUGGUUCAGAAAAAUGCCGAACAACAACCUUGUAGAAUACUACUCGUUGAUCCCAUUUUUGAGGAAUCUUAGGCGUGACACUUUUUAGAACACAUUAAGUAGCGAAGACAAAUGUAUUACAGUGAUUUUAGUUUCAUUUUUAAGGAGUCAGUUGAUCUCAGUUAUUGUAAAGACUUAAACGUAGUCC